AUGGCCCCUUGUGCGCCCCACCCAGGUCGAGAGGUAAACCGUUUAAUUCUCCAAAGCUCUGUUGGUGCCGCCCAGCCCUGUUCCAUUGCCUUUGCAGAACAAGAGGCCUGGUGUCCAUCAAUCUCCCACUUCCCAUCCUGGGCUCUCCCUCACCUUGGCCUCCACUGUGUCCUUUCUCCAUGGUGGAAGUCAGAGCCCCUGCUCGGACUGAGCAGCCAGGCCAUCUCAAAUUCUGAGCUGUGCUCUGCGCCCUGCUGGUGCCUUGUGAAGGUGUGUUCCUUACAGAGCCUGGAAGGUCAUGACGGUCGAAGGGUAAGAGUGAGGACGCUCUGCACUGGGCACAAAAGGAUCCUUUAUUCCAACUUCCUCAGUGAGACAGGCCACCCUGCCUCCUUUGUUUUUUGGAGACCAGUAGCUGAAAUCCUAAGAUCCAUCACUUGUGCUGGAUCCCUCUAG